AGGGAGGACACGGUCCCUGGGGCUGGGAGGUGUUUAGGUCGUCGAAGCAAGAGGAUGGGGGAGCAGGGUCCCUUGUCCCCUUCAGGGAGCAAGUGAGAGUACUAAAAGUCUAAGGGGAGGCACCCGGGAGGGGUACAGAGGAGUUCCACGUGCUUUCUAGUGCCUUUUCCCCUCUCCCGUGGACGCAAUGUGCCUGUCCCCUCCCCUGCGGGUGCAGGGUGCCUGUGUUGAGAAAUACGCCCAGUGCGAGUAUCUCCGUAUGUAAACUACCAGUGUGAGCUGCACAUUGUGUUCUGGGUGACAGGAAAAGGCUGAGCCUUAGGUAACAGCAGGGAAUGGGUGCCCACCUUUUCCCUCCACCUGCGGCACCGGCUGGGCUGGGGGUUCAUCACCCAGGACUCUGCAGGAGCCAAUGAGGAAGGGGAAGAGCCUAAAAUCUCCACUGGUGCACGUGGGUGCCCAGACUGUGAGGGAGUGAAAUCCCGGGGAUGCCUUUUUUGGGGUCCCUCCCGGCGUCACACUGCUGCACUGCUCAGUUAACUACACCACUUUUUCCUGAACUCGGAUGUCGGACACUGCUGCGAGAAACCUGAGGCAGGGAAAAAAAUUUAAGAUCCGUCCCCUCCGUCGUGGGGCAGCCAGAGCCGGCGGCGCGAUCCGGGAAAAGGAAAGUGAAAGCCGGCGCCUCUUUCGGUUUCGCCGCCGGGCCGCGAUGGCGGAGCCGGGGUCGCCCAUGCGGCUGAAGGAGUGGCUGAUCGCGCAGAUCGACAGCGGCCGGUACCCGGGGCUGCGCUGGGAGAACCGGCACCGGACGCUCUUCCGCAUCCCCUGGAAGCACGCGGCCAAGCAGGAUUACCGGCAGCAGGAGGACGCCGCGCUCUUCAAGGCUUGGGCCGUCUACAAAGGGAAGUACCAGGAAGGGACGGACAAGGCCGACCCCUCCACCUGGAAGACUCGUCUGCGUUGUGCUCUCAACAAGAGCACCGACUUCAAGGAGGUGCCUGAGCGGAGCCAGCUGGAUAUCUCUGAGCCUUACAAGGUGUACCAGAUCGUGAGUGACAGAGCCUGUGAUGCAGAGGACAGUGACACACAGUCCCCAGGCAGUGAGGACCAGCAGGGCAGCACUGUGGGGAGUCUAAAGAAGGAGGAGAGCCAGAAAGACACGCUGGAGACAGACCACGGAUCUCCACAGCCCCUGCACUCUGCCCAUCCAACCGAGAGAGGCCAGGAGAGCACCUGGGAGUCCCUGAGGACAACUGCCCACGUCCCUUUACCAUCUCGUCUCUACCCUGGUCCAGGGUACCUCUUGAGGGGAGUCUUCUGUGGCUGGAACCCAACCCAUGGCCAGCUCCUCCCUAGACUCCAGUCCUACCUCCCAGUGGAGGAUGUCAGCAACCCAGAUUACUGGCUCCACAUCCGCCUCUACUACUGCAACGUGCUGGUGAAGGAGGUGACCGCCCGCACGGCCGAGGGCUGCCGCAUCACCAGCCGCACCGUGCCAGCCGACAGCGUGUGCCUCUACGGCCCCGUCUGCAUGGAGCAGAUCGAGUUCCCCCCGCCACAGGCACUCAGCGGCCACGGCCACGCGGCCGCCAUGGCCGGCGUGCUGGAGCGGCUCCUGCCCCACCUGGAGCGCGGGGUGCUGCUGUGGGUAGCGCCCGAGGGGGUCUUCAUGAAGCGCCAGUGCCAGGGCAGGGUGUACUGGAACGGGCCACUGGCCCCGCACAGGAACUGGCCCAACAAGCUGGAGAGGGAGAAGACCUACAAGCUGCUGGACACACAGCAGUACCUGCAGCAGCUGCGGGAGUACCUGAGCAACGGGCAGCUCAUGCCGCAGUACCAGAUCCACCUGUGCUUCGGGGAGGAGUACCCCACCAGAGCCGGGCAGCCCUUCCAGAAGCUCAUCAUGGCCCAUGUGGAGCCGGUGUUCGCACGGGAGCUCUUCCUUCAUGCCCAGCGCUUGAGGCCAACGUUGCUCCACAACUCCCCCCAGCCCUGUGCCCCUGGCACCUCCAGCACCGUUAUUCAUGUUCCUGUCAAACAGCUCUGCCAGCCCUGAGCUAGGCGGGAGAGGAGAGCUCAGUCACCAUAAAGUCUCAGAGCAGGAGGCUCUGGUCCCCACGGCCUUACUCCAGCUGCAUGUCCCAAGGCAGAGUGCACAGGGUGGUCAGAGUGAGGAAUCAGAUGCAGGCAGGUGCUGGCCAGGAUGGGCAGGCACUGCUGCCCCCGUGAGUGCUGUAUUUAUUGCCCAGGAGCUCCCCAAGUGGGAUUUGCUGUGUGCCUGUUCAGCCAGUCGAGGCAGAGCCGGCUGCAUCCUUGCACUGCCGGGACUUGCCGUUUGUGAAACUUAGAAAUAAAGGUUGUGUUUUGGUA